GAUAACAGGCGGUAUAUGCGCGCGAAAAAUAAUCGCGAAAGCUGUCGUGUGGACGAUUGUACGCGUAAAUACCCUGGAUUUACCGACAACGACAAUUUUAUACAUCCAGAUGACGCGAUGACGCUACAUUGGUGGAUGCACUGGUUCUGGGUUACCGCGCAAUUUCUUGUGAUUCUUGGGAAUCCUUUGCCGUCUACCACAUCGGAUCCCGUCAACCCGUCUCAGCCGUCCUCAAGAGCGACGUCUUCGUCGAUCGAGAUCGAAGAUAUCUAUCGUACGUCAAAGUCAACCAGGCCGAGUUUUCGCAUCGCCAAGGCUAUCGGUCUUUAUCCGCAGACGAAUACGGCCGUGGUGCCUGACAGGCAGCAAUCCGUCACUACUAUCGCCUCGUGGCUGUUGGAACGUAGAGGCACCGUCUCUGGGACGAGCGUCCGCGAGACAGUCGAGCUGAGUUUUCGCGGUAAUAUCUCCAACGUCGAGCCGCUCGGCACGACGAUACCGCAGCGCGCCUCGGAGAACGUCGAGAGGAUCAGGAACUCGACCACGAAGAAGGACAGCAAGAUCACGUGGAUCCUGACGACGAACAAGUCGUUGGGUAAACCGAAGUACGAGCAGGAGGAGAGAAACCAGUCUAGCGUCGCCGGUAGGAACGCCAGCCUCGAGGAAGUCGAGGACCUCACCGUGUUACCUCUUCAAGAAGAAAUGUCGAAGGUUGAUCUGACGCUGAAUAGAACGAGAUCCUCCUUCGUAACGUCCUUGUCCGCGGCCGGGGCUGCCGGUAACGCCGCGAUCAGGACGUUCAAUCGAUCCGAGGACGAGGUCGAGAUCGACGAGGAAGUGGCUCAGACGCAGCACUUCGCUACCGCGGCACCUAUACUCGAAGUUGGCGUGAGCGAGUCCACUCGUUUGAGCAGAGCAAGGAACACUUUCAUCCCGCAACACUUCCAGAGGGAUCAAGUGCAAGGCGAUAAUCAGCCCCCCGAGUAUAACGAUACCAAUAAUAACAGCGAAAAUACUGAGCAAGGUUCGGCGACAACCGCCGCGGGCAUAGCCGCUAUUACAGGCAGUUGUUUAGCGACUGUGGCCCUGCUGAGUACAAUGGGUAGUCUCGGAUUCAUUAUAUACAGGCGCAAGUACUUGAACCCUCCGCAAACGUUGAACAGUGAUAAAUGCAGCAAUCCUGAUAGCUCCGGUUAUAUCGACGAUUCCACUAUUCGCGAUAACUCGGAGGAAAUGUACAGUUUGGAUAACGACUCGUUCCUAAAUUCGCUAGAGGCAAUGACAAUACAGAAUUACUGGACGGAUAGUGUGAAGCAUACGAAGCUAUGACAAAAGAAGAUAACCCAUCCCGGAAAGAGAAUCGAAACGUUCAGCAUUUCCGACGGUGAAGCACACGAGCAAGUUUCUCUGCUUGAGCAAUAGUACUUACACGUCCGAGACAGCUGUAUUCUAGUUAUCUGCAGUGCAGGAAGUUUCGUUGCCCGGCGUAUAUCCGGAGGCGACGAGAACAUGCAGCGUUUGUACGAGAAUCGUUAAUCAGCCUUGAUGGCUGCAUCGAACGUUAGCUAUCUUGGAACGUUAUUACUCUGUACGACGUAAAAAGUUAUAGAUCAAAAUUACGACGGCGCGUAAUCUCUAAACGUCAUCUUGCGGCGUGUUGAUUUACGUCACUUCCAUCGUUCCUAUAUUUUUCUACGGCGCAGAGAGCGGCUGGUCAAAGUCGCGCUUAGGCGGGAAGUGGCGGGAUUAUCCUUGAAUAUUUCCAUUAAUGAUACAGUGCAAUAAAAAUGAAAAUCGAUGUACUUUAUUAAUAACAUUAUUCUAGAGAAUAAAAUAAUAACAUUAAAAUAAAGAAUAUAAAUUAAUAACAUUAUUCUAGAGAAGUAAGAGUACAAAUAAGGCUAUAUUAGUCCAUAGCUAGAGCAUUCGUUGAAAACUAAAGGAGGAAUUAAUUUAAUAAGGAUAUUGAAAUGAUAUCCCUAGGAAUAUUUAUAGUACAAUGCUUCCAAUAAUGCAAAUUGGAACCCAUACGUACAAUGUUGUACUUACUAAUGGUUUUUAACCUUGGAUUUGAAUGCCGGUGUCUUCUACAGUUUCACUUUGAAAUUACAUUGCAAUUGUGGUGAUUAGCUCGGGCCAUAUUGACAGUCGCUUAACCAGAUAGCUUAAAUAUUUUCGAAGAAUCGGAUUUACGGAAGAUCGGACCAAAUCAUACGUAGAUCUAGCUUUACGCCUUUACGACAUAUCCAGCAGAAAUAUUGAUUCAUGUUUUCCAUUACAAGAAUCUAGCUUGUACCUAUUGUAUAUAAUACAUACCAUUAUACCGUUUUAUGUAUAGAUGUGGAAAUCUGCUGUCGCGCCCAGCGAGGCGCGAUUAAUUUUAAGUAGCGUUAGCAUUUAUCCAAAUAUAUUUCUAUACAUCUGAAAGGGAGGGAGGGGAGGGAAAACAGAGAAUCCAUUGUGAUAGAUCGUAGCGUUUAAUAUGUGUAAAAUUAUCUUUCUCUCGUUUACGGUAACGGUUGUGAAUAAACACGUUCAUGUAUUAUACACAUUCCCGCCGCGCCCCUUCCUUUGUCCAUGAUCUGUAACUUCAAUUUGUGAUCUGAUUGUUUUGACUGGAAUUAACAAUUGGAGAGACAUCCGAGUUUUUACGAAUUUAGAUGUACAAUGGUUAUUUUACGAUAGAGCGUGUAAUUUAAGCGUAAUCUUUGUUUUAAAAAUUUAUUUAAAUAAAAUUAAAUCUGAUAGAUUAAA